AUGGGAUCGAUCAAGAUUACUGACUUGAACACAUAUCACAACGUAGUCAGCGGAGCUAACUACGCGGUCUUCAACUUCCGUGACUAUCGGCGUCGUCUGUCUGACACCGAUGUCGCCUAUGAUGACUUUGCCUCCUAUGCAUAUAGUGACACAGUGGCAUUCUAUGAAGUCGAUGUGGGCGAUGACCAGCAUAUUUCCGAUUAUGCAAAAGUGGAGCGCCCUACUCUAAUCCUAUAUAAGGAUGGGAAAGAAGUCGAGCGGUACUCAAAGCCUCUGCCUAGGCAGCUGGAGUACCUAGUGUCUAGGGCUUUAUGUGGGCUGACUGAGAUUGGGGGGCGUUUCUGA